CAAGUUUUAGUGUUAAUAUACAAAAACGUUACUAAAAAUUAUGACUGAUUUUCAGAAUUUUAUUCAAAAAUAUCCUGUGUUAUUUAAAGACAGUGUUAUAGAUGAAUCGUGGAAACCUUUACUGGCAAGAGUUUUUACCACUAAGAUAAACCAACUAGACGACAUAGCAUUGUUUUUAUUAAAAGAUCCUCAUUGGUUUCCACAAAGUAAUACAUUAUGGUCUUUUACAAAAUUUUGUAGACCUGCAGAUGUGAAAGUGAUUAUAGUGGGUCAAGAUCCAAGUGAUGCUGAUGCUACUGGUCUGGCGUUUAGUAAAGAUAUUGGUGCAGGAAUUUAUCCAUCAACAGAAAUUAUUUUAAAAGAAGUAAGAAACGAUAUCGGUGAAAACAAUCUUAGAAGGUUUCCAAGAAAUUAUGGAAAUUUGGAAUACUGGGCUAAACAAGGAGUCCUUCUUUUAAAUGCAGCUCUAACAAAUUGUACAAAUAAAGAUAAUAAUCAUCUGGACAUCGGAUGGAAAGGUAUUGUAAUAGAAUUAAUGAAACAGUUACAACAAGUCAAUAAAAAUAUAGUAUUUAUGUUUUGGGGAGAGCAUGCUAAGGGUUUAAGAGGUGAUGUUAAGGUGUUUAGGAGUGGGAAAGAGAAUCCAAUGUAUAAUCAAAAUUCAGCUGGGCAUCCCUCUGAGAACAAUAAAUACAACAGUUUUUUGGGCUGCAGGCAUUUCACGAAGGCCAAUAGGUGGUUAGUAGCACACGGCAUGACACCUAUCGAUUGGUGUCCAGUUCCUCCAGAAAAUAGUUCCUAAUUAUGUGAAAUAUUAUUUGAAUAUUAUAAAUAUAUGUUAUAAUUGAUUACUAUUUCUAAGUAUAAAAUUUAUUAAUAAAUAUAGUUUAAAACCAGUGAGAAAUAAAUAGUAUGUUUAUUAGCAAUUUCACAAAUUAAGUACUGUUUUUAAUGAUGACAAUGUGAGUGAGGUUAAAAUCUCACUGUAAAUGAGGAUAUCGGUCAAGGAGAAAUAAAAAAUGAAAAAACUACUCAAUCUUUUAAUAGAAAACGUCUCGUGCAGUAUUUCUGCACUUGUUAUGUUCUAAUGAUUGUAAAAUCAUAUAUAGAUGUCAAACAAUGUCAAAUGCAUAUGUUGAGGUGUUACAAAAUACAUUAAAUAGAUACAAUAAAAAAUACAGUAAAAAAAUACAUUCAGAGUUUUUUUUUUUUAAUUUAUGCAAACAUUAGUGUCACAAAAAUGUCACAUUAUGUUAACAAGAACAGUAUAAUAUAAUACAAUACUUCUAUUCUAUCGCUGAUGUCAAAUAUAUCGAAAAAUGAAGCUAGGAGAAAAAGUAACUUGUUUAAAUUAGAGCUUAGUGAACAACUUGAAAAACAAAUUUUUUAUUGAAAAAAGCAUAAAAAGUUAACUUUAUUGUUAGAGACACCAAAGUAGACAAAAACUCAGUAAUGAUUCAGUUUCUGUAUUUGCUGGUGAGAACUAGGUCUAUUGGCAAGAUAUAGCAGCGCUUUCCUGAGCUAGGACAUAGCUUUCUUCCCUGUCCUGCUGCUUUGGAGUUAUUCAGAAGUUUUUAAGAAAAAAGGACUACGUUUUCAGCUCCCAACAAUACGCUGAUGUUGUUAAACAAUCAUUCAAACGGUUUAUUUCCAUUCUGGUAAAACAAAAUAUGAUCCUGAACUUUAGUGGUCACUACGUUUUAAAAAUGAUAUCUCAGAUGCAGAAAAACAAAGAUUCAAGAUUUACAAAUAUCGAAUUUUUCGGUACACCAAUGAACAUUUAGAUGGUAAUAAAAUCAGUACAUCUACUGGCUUUUCGAGUUUAUACUUAUUUCAACUCUUGAGAAACCUUGACAGCGACCUCUCAUUUUCAUCUGAUAUUCCUGUCUAUUGUAAUGCUAUAUCUGUCAAAAAAGCCAAAUAUGCAGAAGUAAUGCAGUUGGCAACACGAUGGACCAAAUUUUUUUUUACACCUGUCUCACAAGAGAUGCAGCCAUGGCAGAGAACCAAAAAACCGAAUCAUCUGGGACGGAUGAUAACGACCAGGUAGAUGAAUGAAGCAUGUGUUUUCCCGUGUGUUUAUUGUUUAAUUUUUUUUUUCUGAAUGCUUUUUUUUUGACACUAACUUGUUUUUCUUUACAGAUUUUUUCGUAUUUGCUUAUUAGGCAAACCAUAGUCGUUUGAUUGUUGUAACCGAAUAAAAGAGUUUAUGUUGAAAGUUUCUUUUUUUUUUCUCAAAAAUAAUGGUAAAGAAGCAUUAUUUUCAAUUCUUUUUGUAUUUUUUUAAAUAUUAUUUACUUAAAAAU